AAGGGGUCAAAGAUGAUGCAGGUGUGCCAUCAAAGGUAACAACCAAAUACUGAAUCCAAGACUUUUUUGGAAAAAAAAAAAAACAUCAACAGAAUGGUAUUAGAAACCACAUUUGAACAAAUGAUGUCUACCCUUAUCUUUAUUAAGCUUGAUUAUUUUUUUCUGGAAGGUUUUCCUUUCAACUUGUAGGUUAAAUUUUUUAAAUCUUGAUUUCUUAAUUACAUUCUUUUGCACAAAGUCACCCUUGUAUCUCCCUGCUGGUUUCAUCCCUAAUCUCAGAGUACCACUGAACUCGCCAUUCAUUGGAAACAAUGCCACCUACAGUUCCAACUUUCAUGGCUGGUUUCUGGUUUCGCUGAACUUGAGCCAGACCUUAACCAUUUUGGAGGGAAAGCUACCGACACACACAAAACAUUACUUUUUCUUCAGUUCCAAUAGAAUGACACCUGAUACAAGCAAAGAUGGGAGAAGAAAUCUGAGCAUUCAGUAUGCCAGAAUGAGAACUCGCAGGAGUGAUGUGUUCGGGGAGCAGUGAGAGGGAGGGAGGAAUACCACCAAGCAUUGCAAUUCCUUUUCCAAGUGAAUACAUUCUUCUAUGCCUCGACUAAAUGCCUAGGUAGGUCAGGUGUUCACAGGUCUAUAAAUCACACCCACUUUAAAUCAUUUAUUUCCUUGGCCAGGAACAUUCACCAGCACAACUGAUCAGCUCCGACAAGAAAGAAAGAAAGAAAAUGCAUUCAGCGCUGGGGUUGUCCUUCAUGGUAAUUGCGGUUUCCUCCAAUUUUGCAAUGGCGAUCAAGAAGGAAAAAAGACUUCCCCAGACACUCUCAAGAGGAUGGGGAGAUGAAAUAACCUGGGUACAAACUUAUGAAGAAGGACUGUAUCAAGCAAAGCAAAGUAAUAAGCCGCUGAUGGUUAUUCACCAUUUGGAGGAUUGUCAAUAUUGUCAAGCACUGAAGAAGGUUUUUGCAGAAAACCAAGAAAUACAAGAGAUGUGUCAGAAUAAUUUUGUCAUGCUCAACCUCAUGCAUGAAACCACAGACAAGAACUUGUCACCUGAUGGACAGUAUGUGCCUCGAAUUAUGUUUGUAGAUCCUUCUCUCACUGUGAGGGCAGACAUCACAGGAAGAUACUCUAACCGACUCUAUACUUAUGAGCCGCAAGACCUGCCAGUGUUAAUAGAGAAUAUGAAGAAAGCAUUACGUCUCAUUCAGACUGAACUUUGAGUGGAAGCUAUGACAUUGUCACCACCACUCUCCAACAAUGUGAACCAAGGAGAGCCACCUGCUAGGGAUAUACAACCAACACAGUUCUCUUCUUUACCUGCUGUUAUCUCAUGUAAAGAUUAUCUGACAUUUUGAUGGCAAUUACAGCGGUUACAAGAAAGAAGGUCCAGCCCAUCUCUGCACUACAGAGCCCAUCAUUUCAUACUAGAUGAAGGACACCAUAGUGAUCCACAGUCUUUAAAUACCUGGUAGAUACCUUGGGCACAUAGGAACCCCAUGAAACUGGGAAAAUGCUUGGUUUUUUAUUUAAUAGAACACCUCUUUGGGAAGCAUUGCAUCCACCAGACAUUGACUAUAGAAUCACAAUGGAGAAGCUAAACUACACUAUACUGGUCAAUGACCAGUUCAAUGUAGGACCUAGAGAUUCCUUGAGAGGCAUUUUAUCUAGAAAUCCCUAGGUCCACCAGGAUGUCUUUUCCAGAAAUUGACCAUAUAGUUCAGGCCUGCACAACCUUUGGUCUUCCAGAUGUUUUCGGCUCCAACACCCAGAAGCCCUAGCCAGGUUGUCCAAUGGUCAGGAAUUCUGGGAGCUGAAUCCAAAACAUCUGGAGAGUCACCAGUUGUGCAGGCCUGAUAUACCUAGAUAUUUCUAUAGACAUUUCUAUAUGCAAAAGUAAAAUCCACAAAUGUGUAGGGCUGACCAUACAUGGAAUUGCACCACAUGGAUACCAUUUGAGUUCAUUCAAAUUUGUGUAUGUUAAACUAGAACAUCAAGGUUGGUCAGUAAUUUUAUGGGUAGAUUUAUAGAUAUAGAUGUAUUUUAUAGAUUUAUCAGUUUUUAUAAAUAGUUUUUGUUAACAAGUUUACAGAGCUGACUAAAGUAGAGUUUCUGCGUGAGAGUGGCUUAAAACAGAAACCCUCAUUUUGUUAGAAUGCAGAAACAAACGGUUUCUUAAAGCACAAUUUUAAGCAUGUUUAUUCAGAAGUAAAACUCAUUAAGUUCAAGGGGUGGUGGUAAAUCCAUAGAAUUAGCUUUAAAAUGUCAGCCUUUGUUGCUUCAGAAGUGAUUGACUGGAUUAUCCACAUAUCAUCUGGAUUAUGUUUUGCAUUGUUUGUGUCAUUGCUAAAAUAAUAAAACUGCAGUCAAAUCCUU